UUCGCCAUUUUGUGCCGCUGCGCCGGGUAUUUAUCGGAAGAGUCGUGACUCGCUCGUUUACACUGUUAAGAGGCGUCAGACGGUUUCCCUCCGCAACUCCAGACUGUGGCCUUCGACACCUUUUUAAGCCAAGUGCGAUUCUCCUCGGACCCGCCAUUAACGAUUAAUCUUUUGUACACUUAGUUUAUUUUUUUAUACCGAGCGAGGAAGAAUGUCGGCCGAAGCCCCCGAGUACUCUCCGUUCUUCGCAGUGAUGGGUGCCUCUGCAGCCAUGGUGUUCAGCGCCUUGGGAGCAGCCUAUGGCACAGCUAAGAGCGGUACAGGAAUUGCCGCCAUGUCCGUGAUGAGGCCGGAGCUCAUCAUGAAGUCCAUCAUCCCCGUGGUCAUGGCGGGUAUCAUAGCCAUCUACGGCCUGGUAGUAGCAGUGCUGAUUGCCAACAACAUCUCAGAGAAGGUCACCCUCUACAAGAGUUUCCUUCAUCUGGGAGCUGGGUUGAGUGUGGGCCUCAGUGGACUGGCGGCAGGCUUCGCAAUCGGCAUCGUUGGUGACGCAGGUGUUAGAGGCACAGCUCAGCAGCCAAGGCUUUUUGUGGGCAUGAUCCUCAUCUUGAUUUUUGCUGAGGUCUUGGGUCUCUACGGUCUCAUCGUUGCCCUCAUUCUCUCCACGAAAUAAACACCCAAACAUCUCCACUAAAAGAUCUGUCCUUUAUGUUGCUGCUGGAGAAAGUGUAAAAUGGGGGGGAAUUGUAAAAAAAAUUCUGCCACACAAGAUGAAAGAAGUGAACGUGGAGAAAAAUGAAUUAAAACGGCUCCGUAAAUAUGGUCUUAUCUCAACAAUAUGUACAGUCGUCCCAAUUUGAUAGUCAACUUGUAAAUGCGCAAUGUAGUGAUUUGUCUGUCUUGUGUGUGCGUGUGCGUGUGUUUGUUUCAAAAACAAAUUGAUGAAGAUUCCUUUUUUUUCCCUCCACUUAUUUCAGGCCACGAGGCUGGCUGAGGUAGCUCGGCCUCCAGGUCUUAGAGCUGACCAAAGGGCCACACAGCUUUUCCUCCUCCCAUAUUGACUUGGGAGUUGUCACAAUUUCUGCAUUAAUCUUGAGGAUCUAUUUGUAAAGAGAAAUGUGUAUGGACUAAAGAUUUUUUUCCACUGAUUUUAUUUAUAUAAGAAAUUGUUCGUUGAACUGUUUAAUGCAGCAAGUCUUUAAUCCCCAGGAUAUAUUAUACAUAUAUAUAUAUAUAUACAGACAGACAAAUGAAUAUCUAUAUAGAUAGAUUUAAUGCACUGUGGGUUAAUUGUGAUAAGUGGUUGGAAUUCCUCUGGAUGUAAUUCUUGGUUUAAUAAGAUUGCCUUUAGUAUGUUGCUGGUGGAGUGGGAGUUUUAUGUGUAGCUGUAUUCUAAUCAUUACGCAAACUUUCUCAAACUUCAGUGUUUUUCCUGUAGUACUGCUGUUUGCAUUAAAGGUGUGUGUGUGCCCCAUGUUGGGUCUCACAAGUGUAAUUUCCCAAAAAAAA